AUGGCCAAUUUAACAUGCAUGCCUGGCAUUCUCGUUCCCGCUUUAGAGGUCUCUCCGCGAAAUGCGUUACUAUACCUGGCUGCGUUACUGUAUUGCUUUCUGGGCAUCGCAAUUGCUGCCGACAUCUUCAUGUGCUCCAUUGAGCGGAUCACCAGCGCCACGAGGAGGGUGAAAAAGAAAAAAACCGAAAAUCGCCUAGUAGCUACUGAAAACGACGAGGAAUACGAUUAUGUACGUAUUUGGAAUCCAACCGUCGCCAAUCUAACCUUGAUGGCUCUCGGAUCAUCCGCGCCAGAAAUCCUUCUCUCAAUCAUCGAGAUCGUCGGCAACGGCUUCCUCGCAGGAGACUUGGGUCCUGGUACGAUUGUUGGCUCGGCUGCCUUCAACCUCUUCUGCAUUUCGGCAAUUUGUGUCCUUGCUGUUGGCUCGGAAUCGAAACGGAUCGCAUUGUAUCGCGUCUUCAUCGUUACCGCGUUUUUCGGCACAUUUGCUUAUAUUUGGAUAUUUUUGGUGCUAACUGUCAUAACGCCGAAUGUUGUGGAUGUUUUGGAAGCCGUGCUCACCUUGCUAUUCUUCUUUAUUCUUGUCUUCAUUGCCUAUGCUGUAGAUGCGGAGAUCUGGAAGCCUUCCAAUUCCAAGGCGGAUCUCAACGCGGAGCUCGAGCUUGCUGAGCUCGACGCCCCUUGCAAAAGGGUCCCGUUGAACGAGUCGAUUCGAACCUGGGCGAGAUCUCUGGAUCUUGCUGAAGACAGGGAUAUCGUUGUUGACGCCACACCGUCUGUGGAAACUGUUCGCAAGUGGACAAGGUCCAUCUCGCAGACCUACCCAUCGCUGGAUGAAGAGGAUCAGGCGAAGAUCCUUGCUUAUCGUCUGAGUCGGACCAUGUCACACGACCGUCUUUAUUAUCGGAUCAAGGCAAUCCGACAGAUCUCCUCUUCGUGGAAUAAGAGUCAGGAAGAGGAGGUGAUCCGAUUACAGGGCGAUGAUGCCACGGAUUCCUCUAGACGUCUUAAAGCGAUCGUCGAAUUCAGCGCCAGAAUCUAUCGAAUUGAUCAUAACGAUCGAACGGCACAGCUGAAAAUUAUACGCAAGGGAGAUAUUGGAUCCAAGUUCACUGUGACUUAUACCACAGUCAACGGCCUCGCCAAGAAAGACCUCAACUAUCUGUUCAAACACGAGACGAUCGAGUUUGGAGCAGGCGAGACCCAAAAGCCGAUCGAGAUUCAAAUAGUAGAAGCUGCUAAUUGGCGGCCCAAUGAUGUGUUCUAUGUCCACCUCAGGAUCCAGGAGGAAAGUGAUGAUGGGAAAGUUCGACUUGGAGCGUGUAAUGUGGCACGCGUCAAGUUACCCGAGGAGUCUUCAUUCAUGGGCGAGCCGUGUGUUGAGUUCGUCAAACCCAAUUACGUUGUCAAAGAGAAUAAUGGAUAUGCUCGGGUGUUCGUAUCUCGAAGAGGUGCCAGCAGAUCGACAAAUUUUUCCGUCAUCUAUGAGACUCUUGACCUGACAGCGAAACAGAAAGAAGAUUAUAUUCCCAUCAAAGAUGGACGAUUGACCUUUGAGGGGCAGGAAUAUGAGAAAUAUAUUGAUGUGGGCAUUAUUGAUGACAAGGAAGAUGAGAAGGAUGAAAGCUUUAUUGUGGAGUUGGUCAAGGUCGAUAGUGAAGAAAUUUCCCUGGGCACCAAAAAGAAGGCAACUGUGACGAUUAUAUCCGAUGACAAUGCCAUUAAGAACAUCACAAAUGUUCGUAAAUUGCUGUCCCAUUACCUGCGUAAAAUGCGACCUGGACAAGCAACGUGGCGAGAACAGAUACUGAACGCGGUUUCAGUGAAUUCUGGUGACCUGACCAAUGCCACCAUUUCGGAUUGUGUGAUUCAUGCGCUGGCGUUUCCGUGGAAGUUCGCGUUCGCUUUUCUCCCCCCGCCCACCCUUCUCUACGGCUAUCCGUGCUUCUUCUGCGCUCUUGUUGCAAUUGGGCUCGUCACUGCGCUAGUUGGCGACGUCGCUUCAAUAUUUGGAUGUAUGGUGGGAAUGAAGGACGCGGUCACCGCGAUUACUCUCGUCGCGUUGGGAACCUCACUUCCGGACACGUUUGCCUCGAAAAUCGCUGCUGAAAAUGAGGACAGUGCAGAUAAUGCCGUGGGAAAUGUGACGGGCUCGAACUCGGUCAAUGUCUUCCUUGGCCUUGGUCUUCCUUGGCUUGUCGCAUCGAUCUACUGGGCUUCAAAGGGACAGACAUUCCGCGUAGACGCUGGAGAUUUAGGAUUCAGUGUUUCUGUCUUUAUGGUUUGCUCGGUAUUAUUCCUGGUUCUUCUGAUGUUACGAAGAAGGCUAGAAUUAUUUGGACGCGGCGAACUUGGAGGGCCAUUUGCUCCCAAACUGGGAUCAGGAUUGUUCUUUAUUGGACUGUGGCUUGCUUAUGUCGCGCUCUCGAUUUGGAAUAUGUACAAAUAG